AUGCAACCCUACGGAAGUCCUCAAUCUCUGGGCAGCCCGACGAAUCAUAUCAUCGGUGGAUCUCCGGCUGACAUCGCCGAUUUUCCGUACCAGUGUUCUCUGCGGUAUUCCGGUUCGCACACGUGCGGUUGUGUCAUUCUCACUAAGAGCAAAAUUCUCACAGCGGCUCAUUGCGUUGACGGAAGGACAACAAGUUCGUUUUCUGUGUAUGCGGGGUCUACAAGUAGGACAGAAGGGGGCGUUCUGAGAAGCGUGUUGUCCCAGAAAGUGCACGAAAAUUACAACGAUGGGUCAGCAACUUUUGCAAACGAUGUUGCGGUGAUGACUCUGUCUGGUACAUUUGACCUUGGUGACGCUAACAUCGAGGCUGCUGUCUUAUCUCGAUCAGACGAUCCAGACUACGCCGGUGACGACUGCAUUCUGACAGGCUGGGGUCGUACAAGCUCAAGCAAUACGUUACCAGAUGAUUUAAUGAAAGUGACCACUACAGGCUUGAGCAGAGCAGACUGCCAGUCCGCCAUGAGCGCUAUUACGGGAGUGAACAUCCAGAACAUGCACCUUUGUGUCAUGACUGCUGGAAAAGAUGGUGGAUCAUGCAACGGUGACAGCGGAGGACCAAUGCAAUGUAGAGGCAAAAUCGCCGGCGUGACGUCAUGGGGUAUUUCCAGUAGCGGGAACUGCUUGACAACCUACCCUAGCGUGUAUGCCAGAGUCGGGCACUUCUACGAUUGGAUCUCCAAUGCGUAAACACGGAAUUUACAGAAAUAUCUUUAAAUCCUAACUCACGGACGAAAUAAAACAAUCGACGCACUA